AUGCUUCGUGAAAAUGCAUCCCAUACAGAGAAGCAACAGGCUCCCUCGUGGGGGAUACAGAAGACCAUGCCUGAAUGCGACGUCACCGGUUUUGUCGAGCAGAUCAGCUGCGGGGUGUCCAAGAAGGGCGAGUUCAAGAGUUGCCGCUCUUUGGAAAUGGAGACGCGGAUCUUCUGGAACUUUGAGGGUGCCAUGCUGGGGACUGCUGCCAUCUUCGCCCUGCUGGUGGUUUGCCGCCAGCGGGUGCUGGAUGGGAAAGCCUUGGAGAAAGUCCGGAAACAGAUCGAAUCUAUUUAGCUUCGUUUGGGGCAGCGAAGCGGAGGUGGACGGACCCAGACUCGCCGCCCGGAGGAGCAGUCUAGCAUCGCCUCCGCUCGUUGAAAAUUCCCCUCCCACUUUCAACUAGAGGGGAGGGGGUGGGCUGUACCCCCAGGGACAAGUACUUCACUCUUCAGGGGGCUGGCAAAAGCCGGGGUGCUUCCCCUGCUUUGAGAAAACCCACGGCAUUUGGGGGGCACUCCUCCCAGAUCCUUCGUCUCUUGGCGUUUUGAAUCAUGAAAUUCGAACUCGCUUCCCGGCCGGGAACUUCCUCUCGUCGCUGUCCUUUGAGCCUCGUGGCUAGAAGCGCGUCAUGCAAAUGGAACGCAAAACUCUUUCAAUCCCUUCCCUGUCCCGAAUCCCGUUUUCUCCUAUUUGUGAUUAAAGGAGUUCUCCUCAAGUGUCUAACCACAG